AUGGAAAGCUCAACCAAACCAGAAAGUUCACAUCAAGUUCAACAAGCCAACUCAAUCAAUCAAUCCAAACACCAUCAUCCAUCUUCAACCACAAACUCAGAAUUAGAAUCAAAUCAUUCGAUCAAUACACCAAUCCCUUCAUUAACUUUAAGUCUUUUUCAACAUUUGUUUGAUGAUCGAUUAACUUGGCAAAGAAAGAUAGGAUGUAUGACAGCCACUUUAGCUAUUAAUCUUUUUUUACCUUUUGUAAAUGGGAUCAUGUUAGGGUUUGGUGAAAUCGCUGCUCGUGAACUUGUUGGAAAAUAUUUUGGAUGGGGAAUUGGACCGUUUAAAGAAUCGUAUCGAACAAAUUCACAAACUCAACUUACAAAAGAAGAUGAAUUGAUACUUAUUGAACCUAGUCUUCAAAUCUCAACAGAUCAAAGUCGGUGGUGGAAACCCAGCAAUCAAACUAAAAUUGAUCAAAGGUGA